AUGCAGAUCAUCAACAGCAUUGUCCGGUUUUUCCAGGCCAUAUUUUCAAUUAUUGUACUCGUAAUUUCAAUUUUACUUGCUCGACAACAAUAUUAUGGCAAGGUCCCAUCUCAAACCAACUAUGCCGCCUUCACGGGCGCCCUAGGAAUUAUUGCUGCCGCGAUUGGGUUUGCCUCAAUGUUCAUUGAUCGUCUCAAGGGAAUCAUUUCUUGGGUUCUUGAUGGUGUCACCGCAAUUUCUCUCCUAGCUGCCGGUAUCGCUUACGCUGUGGCCCUUCGUGGUACUAGUUGCGACGAUGACAAAGUUGGUGGAAGUACCUGGGAUAACCCGUUGAUCAGUGGAGGUUGUUAUUACGACGACGAUGGUGCUAAGUGGUGUCGUGAUGGCGGAGUAGUUAAGAAGCGCUGUACGCGCGCCACUGCCGAUGCUGCAUUCAUGUUUCUUGCCUGCAUUGCCUGCAUUGGGGCACUGGUAUCCUCUUACAUCACUCGGAAUCGCUAA